GUGCUCCCCUGCAGACAAUGAUUAAGUUCCAAUUCAUCCAGCCAUGCAGUAACUUCCUUAAGUGUCAUAGGAAUUAAAAAUGAUCCUGGAGAAAAUAUUAAUUCAAAUUCAUAAAUUAUCUGGUCUGUGCUUAUGUGAGAAAAAAACAACCAACUGGAGCAAUUCGGUACAAGGUUUGUGUCUGGUUCUAUUCAACGUCAGAGUGUGUCUAAAUAAAAAUAAGACAACAAAAAAGCAAAAUAUUAGUGAUUGCAAGAUGAUAGACAGAAUGCACAAAAAGCAAGAAAGUCAUUUAAUUGGAUUGAAGCAAGUCAAAUAAUUAUAACGUAAAAAAAAUCCAACGAACCAUAACAUUUUCAUGGAGUUACACUUUGUAAAUUUGGACGCAUUAUAAUGUGCAGACCUUGGCUCAUGCACAGGGAAAUAUAAUCCACAUCUUUUCUUGGCUGGUUUGGGGGCAAAAACGAUCUAGAUUUGGCCAGUGAACAAGGAAUAUUUUCAGUCCAGUAUCGCAGAGGGCGCCGUUUGCGAAACCGGAAAACAUUUGCGGAACCGGUCAAAGCACCGACCUCUACAAAACGUCCUGGCAAAUUUCUCUUUCAAACGAUCACAGAAAACUAUUCAUAUCAUGAAGUAGCAUUGGUUUUGGCACUUGUUACACAUGUCUAAGUUUGAAGUGGAUGACUUUGUGACCCCGCCCGACCCAGACCUCAUCUGCUGCAUCUGCCGCAAUGUACUCUGCAACCCCUUGGAGAGCCCAUGCCAGCAUGUCUUCUGCCGAGACUGCAUCACCACCUGGCUCAACGUGCAUCGCAGCUGUCCUAGCUGUCGCAAGCAUGUCAGUGAAUCCAGGCUGAAGCCAGUCCUGCCCAUCGUCCGCAACAUGAUCAACCGCCUGCUCAUCAAGUGCCAGAACGUGUCCCUGGGUUGCAAUAAAGGCAUCAAGCUGGAGAUGUUUGAGCGCCACGUCAAGGAGUGUGAGUUUGCCCUGGUGGGCUGUCUCAACAACGGCUGCGUCAGGAACGUCCUACGCAAAGACAUGCUGAAGCAUGAGAGAGAAUGCUUGUACCGACUGGUGAAGUGUAACAAGGGAUGCGGAUUACCAGUAACCGUUGCUAAAAUACAUUUGCACAGUUGCAUCAAGAGUUUAAAAAACUCUAUGAAAGUCAUGGAACAAACCUUCAACAAACGCCUGAAGGAUCUAGAAAACAGGAUGCUAAAAUCUGAGGAGGAACUGGUAAAUCGUGUCAGAAGUGUAGAGAAAGGUCUAUUCGAUGAAAGUUACAAUACGGAUGUACAACUAAAUAGAUUGCGAGAGGAGUUGCACAGAGACGGCUACAUAAGACCAAGCAGAAGCCGUAGUCAUAGCAGAAGCCACAGCAGGAGCCGGAGCAGCAGUUACAGCAGUAAUCACAGUUACAUGAGUAGCCAUCACAGUUACAGGAGUAGCCGUAGUCACAGCCGUAGUCGCAGCCACAGUCGAAGCCACAGCCCUAGUUAUGACAGUGAAAGCCCCAAUAGUAGUGGUAGUUCAUCAGACCGUGGCCAUAGGGGCAGCCCUCUGUAUGACAGCCCUCAUGAUGACUGGUUCAGGGAUGAGUGGGAGUAUACUAGUGAUGAGCAGUCGAGGGAUCAGUCGCCUGAUGAAGAUGAUGAAUCAUCUUGGCAUGACGGCUAUUCUCCAGAAUCGGAUGAUAGAGACAGUCCUAAUGCGGAGUUUAGCCCCACGGAGGAGGAAGACUUGCCAGUUGCAAUCUCUGUUCCUUCAAGUAGUAGAGUCGGCCUGUCCACUUCAAAUAAUGGCCAGUCAGCACAAGCCACUUCUGGAUCCAGCCAUGCGACAAACCAACAACAAGGAAGAAAUGACUCUGAUACCUCAGGAUCAUCCACACCACAGCCCCCAAUUGACAAUGAGGAAUCCGAACCAGAGGCAUCAGAAUCUAGACAUUAUCAUUUGCGUGGUAAGAGACACCAAGUGCCCUUAGUCACCAAUGCCGGACAAACAUCUAGCAAUGAUGCCCCUGAAACAUCUUCAGCAGGACCCUCACAAGUCAACCCCACGGAUGCUGCUGGUUCCCUGUAUGGGAUCCAAGUUGGCAAUACCGACACCGAGGAUGACGAUUGGCAGCCUGAGGCUGACACUUCCUCAUCGGGCAUCUCUUCAGAGACAUCUGCCACAGAUGUUGAAGAUGAUGAUGACGGCCGUGAUCUGUCAGGCAAUGAGCAACAAGUUGAAGAGCCCACUGGCGAUGGGAGGAACACCAGAACUUCAACCAGGAGAAGAAUGCAAGCAGGAGAUUCAGAGAGUCAGUCUACAGACAGACCCAGUACAUCCAGACAGUCUGGAAACCAAGAAGAAACAGCAGGUGACAGAGAUACACAGAGGCAUGAAUCUCAGAAUACUGGCCUAACAACCAGGGGUCACCGUCGCCAUAGAAACAGUGAUUCGGAGGAUGAAGAUGCAGGAGGGAGACGUUGCAAGAAGAAGGCCAAACGAAAAUGAUGUGGGUGAUGCCUUUUGUUGCAUGUUCUGUAACUGAGAACAUUUUCUCCUUUUUGGAGAAAGACAAAAGCGUUUUAAAAAGCCAAGAUUAAAAACUGUGUGCUCCAGGCAGGAGUAAGUAUGCAGAUAUCAGACAGUUGACGAUUGCUGUGAUGUGGGAUGUGGCCCUUUUAACACCCAAGGGGCCCAGAGCACCUGAGGUGAAGCCUCGGUGUCAUAUUCCGCAUCACAGCAGUCAACAAUUGAGGUAUCGCCGUUUGCGGGUUAGCCAUGCCCCUUAGACAACCGUAUGAAAUUAUGUACUGUACACUACGGUUUGUUUGUGUCAGAUUUUCACGUUCCUCAUCCAUUUGUAAUGUAAUUGUAAUGUAAUUGUAAUGGAAUUUGACAAUAUUUCUCACCCUGCAUUGACACGAUUCUGCCGCGAUAGGUUUAUUGUUUUGUUGCAUCGCGCCAAUAAAUAAAAACAUAAUGGGUUGCAACUUACUAUGCAAGAAAUAAAUAAAAUCACUGUGGUGUAGCCUUUGAUAACUUUGAGCUUUCCUGUUGGACAUGAGACAGAGCGGUUGCAGUUCUCCGUUGCAGGGUGCAUGUGCAACGCAGAGGUCAUUUACAUGUACAUGUACAUAUAUAUGCAGCGUACUGCAUAUGAGGUUAUUUAUGCAACACAGUGUACACAGAAGGGUGCAGUGAUUGGAACACAAUAAUGUUGUGCGUCUGUGUCCGCCUCGUGGUAUGUGGGACACAGACGCAGUUACAUUUUCCAUGUUCCUCGAGCGCAAGCAUGAUAAUGAAUUUCUCUUCAAGGGAACUUGAAGUUGGAACUAGGCUUUAGAUGAACCUUUCAGUGGUUUAGCACAUGCAGCUGGAAUGACGCUCGCAUCUUGGAAAAGCGUCUUGGAAUAGGGUGCCAUAUGGACCGUGCAAUAUGGUAUAAUAUUACACUGUUGUUGCCAUGGAAUAUCCAUCAGGAUCGAGGAAUCAAGUUUGCUUGAAGAUAAUAAAGCUUGUUUUGGCUGUGUCUGGAUCAUGCUGUUUUUGGUUGUGCUAAAUAUCAUUAGCCUUUGGGGUUUUUUGCUUGGCCGUAUUAAUGCCAUUAGCCUGUUUUGGUUGUUUAACUACAUGCAUGUCCGACACAAUAGGAGUGCGCUCUUUGGAGUUGACCCAAAGGAAAUUCACUCUCAGAUUGUGUCUGACAAAUGACAUGCUACUAGUGUGAAAGUCCAUCCAUAGCCACAGAAAAACAUCCCGUUUAACAGGGUCCUUCACAUUAGAAGUGAUUGUGUUGUAAGCCCUAAUUGAAGAAAGUGCAAAGCAUUGUCAGCAUUGGGCUUUUCCUGUAAACAGGGGCAAAACACAAAAUGAUUCAGAGAAUCAGGUGCCAUCAUAUCCAGAUUCGUUCUCAUUCCAAAUCUACAAGAAAACUGGGACUUGACCUACAUAUCUUAUUUCUCUGUCAUCGUUUGUCCGAACCCUUUCUUCCCGGGUACACUUUGAGUCCCCAAAUUAUCUUUAUUCAAACCCAAGCUACGGAGCUCCCUCUUUAGUUUGUAGCUUGUGCAGGGAACUUCAUAAUUAUAUUGUGUUUGUACAAAGUUAUUACUAAAACUUCGGAAUAUGUAUAAAAGGAGUUUGGUCACCACUGUGGUUUCUUCUUUUGCUUCCACUCAAAAAGUGACCUUUGACAUCUUCGACCUCAAAGUACCGAGCGGGCGGCACAAGGGUGGGGCGUGUUAUAUGGGGAUACACGUAGGGCCUAGUAUGUGCCACCCUCCCCUCUGCUGCACGCUCAGUAUUUGAGGGUAAGGAUAAAUGAGAUCCCCCUAAAAGGAAGUGGCCUCCUAUAAAUUGGACCCAAGUUAUGUCACUAAGCCAUGAGUUUCAUUGGGAGGAGUGAGACUUUCAUGAACACUGUAUAUGUACACAUACAACCUUCUUGCAAAGCUAUAUGAAUAUUGAAAAUGUGAUACUUCUGUUCAAAUCAUGCAUGUUUCUGAUAUCUUUCCAGCAAUGAUCAUAAUUGCCAAAGUUUAAGAUUAAUAAUUUUCACAAUUUGUGAAAUAAUGUUUGAACUUGGGAAGAAAUUUAUUUAAAGGUUGAUUUUUCUAUAAUUUGAAACUUCAUCGCUUUGGCUGCAUGCCUUUCAACUUCAUACCGAGCUUGCUAAUGUAACCUUUGAUUAUUAUGACCAUGAUCUUCUAAACGUUUUUCUCGUUACAUUUUAAGCCUUGUGAAACUCUUGUGCAUUUAACAAAUCUUGAGCUUUUUCAUUCAGUUAAAAAAAUAUAGUUACAAUACUGUUGAAACAGUUAAUACACACAAUUGUACAUUGCCCAGUGAUUUUUCCAAGCACGUUUUCAGUUUGAAUAAAAACAAACAUAAAGAGCAAA